UUAAACACGCCGAAUAUAGGUGUCUCCCAAAGUCGGUCACAGGAUUAGCAAAAUGGGGAAAAAAAGGGAAAAGUAGCAAAUGCUAGCCUUAAAUUAAUCCAAAAUAUCAGUUUAUAACUAUAUUAUCACCUCCAUAACUUUUUUCUACUCUUGAUAGGAACCCACCGUUUCUAUUAUUCUUGUUCCUUCCCUUACCUGUCAAGAUCAAAAGAAACUCAACUACCAAAACAAAACCACUCACCAGGCCACUACCUUCUGGAAUCUAUCUGUCUUGAGCCUACCAAAAAUCCAACAUGGAAGAUUACAACAGAUCAAGGUCAUAUGGCAAUGGAAUGAUGCAGCUGGACACCUACCAUGGACCACCUAGGCCUUCAGCUUCUUAUGACCUCAGGUGCCAUAGUGCUGCUGCCUAUGCACAGUCCCAGAUGGCUAACAACUACAACUCGGGGAACAACAGGGACUUCAAGUUGAAGAAAGGGAAGAGUGCUUCAGCCUCAUCUUCUUCGAAUCCAUGGAGCUUUGGUGACCCUGAAUUCCAGAGGAAGAAAAGGGUUGCCAGCUACAAGAUGUAUAGUGUGGAAGGUAAGGUCAAAGGAUCCUUGAGGAGAAGCUUUAGGUGGCUUAAAGAUAAGUACACACAAGUUGUCUAUGGAUGGUGGUGAUUUUGGUAGUUGGGCUCUUGUUCCCUGUUGCUCUCUUUUUAUGUUUUUCUUGCUUGUAUUCAAGGUAUUUGUGAAAAAAAAAUUAUGUUUCAAUUUUUUUUGUUAAAAGGAAGAUUUUAUAUAAAGUUAUUGAUGAGAUUGGCCACAUUUUGCCUAGCUCGAUUGUAAAUUCAGUUCAGUUCCUGCUGUUCUGUUAAUUGAAAAAUCUUUUAUGCGUGUA